GGACCCCGUCCAUAGUUAACUCACAGUAGCACACAGUAACCAAGUAUACAUGACAAUAAGAUACAUUAUGUGUAUGUAUAUGUAAGUAUAGAACUGUUGCAUCCUGAUCUAAAUUGAUAUUACAGAAAGAUGGGUGAAAUAAUUGAUGGGUACAAGUUUGAGCAGAGGCAUGGGAAGAGCAGAGUUAGAGUAGCCAGGGUGUGGAGGAGCCAGGAAGAUGGCGUUCAUUUGUUUGCAGAGUGGAGUGUUGAUGUUUCUCUGCUCUCUGAUUGCGUCUCUGCUUAUGUUGAUGCUGAUAAUUCUGGUAUUGUGGCCACUGAUACCAUGAAGAAUACUGUAUAUGUGAAAGCUAAGGAAUGCUCGGAACAAGUUUCAAUGGAGGAAUUUGCAAUUGUACUUGCUAAGCACUUCACAUCUUUUUAUCAGCAGGUAACAACUGCCAUUGUUAAGAUUGUGGAAAAGCCAUGGGAGCGAUGCUACAUAAAUGGGCAACCACACAAACAUGGCUUUAAACUUGGAUCUGAAAAGCAUACUACAGAAGUUGUCUUGACAAAAAGUGGUGCUCUGCGGGUGACUUCAGGUAUUGAAGGCUUGUCGUUGCUGAAGACAACACAGUCGGGCUUUGAAGGAUUCGUUAGGGACAAAAACACCAUUUUACCUGAAACGCGUGAGAGAAUGCUUGCAACAGAGGUCUCUGCUUCAUGGAGGUACCCAUUUGAAUCUCUCGCAAGCAUUCCUGUCAAACGGCUUUACUUCACUAAGAUGUACCUAGAUGUGAAGAAUGUUUUAGCUGAAACAUUUUUUGGUCCUCCGAACAAGGGAGUCUACAGUCCAUCCGUUCAAGCCACGCUCUAUCAGAUGGGAAAGGCUGUUCUUGGCAGGUUUCCGGAUGUAUCAUUCAUCCAGUUAAAGAUGCCGAAUAUACAUUUUCUACCAGUCAACUUAUCAAGCAAAGACAAUCCAGUAAUUGUUAAGUUUGAGGAUGAUGUGUAUUUACCAACAGAUGAACCACACGGUACCAUCGAAGCAAGCUUGAGCCGAACAAUGUCGAAGCUGUAGAAAUGUUUCUACAGGCAUGAAAUUUAUACCAGUGCCAUCAGUGUUAUGUUUGCUGUAAUCCCAUAUGAUAAAACUUUUGUUUUUCUUUUUUCACUGUGAAUCUUAAUAAAUGUGUCAGAAGCAAAAGUUGAUGUUAAGUUUA